GAGAUUUGAAGUGUGAGUUCCAGCUGACAGAGAUAGACAAGAGCGAGGAGGGAGAGAUAGCAGAGACGAAUGGUGCAAAGGGGGCAACUUUAACAAAUUGCUUCUCAGGUCACUGCGUGAACUGUAACUGCCAUGAGCAGCUUGGGGAGUGUGCGAGUGAAUGUCGUUUAGCUGAGGGCCAAGAGGAUAUUAAAGCAUAGAAAAAGUCACCCAAAAAAAGAGAGAAAACUAAAACUGCUUCUGCUGACUACUGUCUAUCCAAGUGCUUCAUGGCUGCCACCCAGGCUGUGCUCCCUUCCUUCAGCUCCUUUUCAAACCUCCCUGACAUGAAAGUGUGGAAGUGUGAAGACGGAUCGGCACCUCUAGGCCCCGAGCAGCUGCAUCUCUCGCAGCAAAUGAGCGAGGAGCUUCUCGACGAUGACAGCCAGGCUUCCUGGGACAUAGAGAUGCUGCUGUCUGAGUGGAGCAGCCCCUCGCCGGACCUCAGCCCUUCCCUGGACCGCAGUGAUGAGAACUGCCAACAACACCUGAACCAAGAAAGAGUGUACCAGGUGGCAGGCAUGCCUAAGGACCAAAUGAGUCAGGAGCAGAUGGACUGUAGUUUCAUGGCCGAGUUCAUGUCCCCGACUACAUCAUACCAGCCACAAGUGUACCACCAAGCUUACAAUAACGACACAGCAGGUCGAAGGUCAUCUACCAGUCAUGUCGAGCCGUUUGGCUUCUCCCAGGAAAGACACAACGCAGGGAGCCUUAAUGAAGUCGCGUCAUGGGAAUUCAAUUCCUAUUACCAUCCGCAGCAUCCUUCUUUAGUGGCUUUCCCUGACGGCAGAUUCAUCCCGCUCCAAGCGGCGACCUCCGACCCCCGACACUACAUUUACUCCUCUCACUUCACCCACGGUGCUAGCCUUUUCUGUGACUACACCAACAGCCAGGCCACUGGCCGUUUGGCCGUACAGCAACAGAUGGUCGGACCGCAGCUGCCCCCUGAAGGAGCGGAAGGGAAGCGCGGGAGAAAGUCGACCGGGAAAAAGAAACCCGCCAUCCACAGCUGUGAAUAUCCUGGCUGCAGCAAGACCUACACCAAGAGCUCGCACCUCAAGGCUCACCUCCGCACCCACACAGGGGAGAAGCCAUACCAUUGUUCAUGGGGAGGCUGCAGCUGGAAGUUCGCCCGCUCUGAUGAGUUGACACGUCACUACCGCAAGCACACGGGCCAAAAACCCUACGAAUGUGUACUCUGUCAGAGGGCCUUCUCCCGUUCAGACCACCUGGCUCUGCAUAUGAAGAGACACGCCUGAUGCUCAGUAGGGCAUCCAGAUACAUAGUCGCCAUUUUCUUGGGUACACUUCUUGAAUGAAAUCCUAUACAGGAGUUAAAUCAACGCUUUUUCCUCUACGAAGAUAAUAAUGGCAAAUUCCAAUCAACACUGCCAGAGAGGUAUUCCCUCAAGGUUUAAAGUAUUAAUAAAAGCAAUUAUAAAAGUUUUUUUCCCC